UGGGAGGUACGAUAGCAAAAAUGCAGCUAAGCGGUGAUAAGUCCGGCGACAGCGGAAAAAUGCAGAAAAAUCAGCACGUGGUAGAUAGCCUCGAGAGCUAUAAAGCCAUUCACGCCUCAGAGAAAGUGCAGAGUCAAUUCGAGAUGCAGACACGUCAGAAGCCAGAAGGCAUCCAGCGAAUGAUGAUGGCCUUGGGCAUUCUGCUCCUGGCCCUGAGCCCCGAGGCUGUUGCAGCGAGCAAGUCUUUUUCGCUUGGGAACUGGCGUUUCAAUGAUCCCCACUACUCCAGUGACCAGUACGCCAAGAUAUUGUCGGAGUCCGGCAUUGGCCACGAUCAGGACCACACGGAAAAAGGUGCUGGUAAAGGUGGUGUGGGUCCCCUGCAGAUCCAGUACGUUGACUACCAACCACACUGCGCGUCUGGCGGCGUGCCCGUCUGCGCCACAAAUGGAACGGAUCACUUCUACUUCGAGAACGACUGCCGCUUGGAGGCGCACAACAUGAAGAUGUUGUUUCAGUAUGGCACAGAACUUGAGCCCACGGAGCUUGAGCGCUGCCUGCCCACUUGUCGGACCAUGAAGUGCACGAAGAUCCACCGGCCCAUCUGUGCCGUGGUCGAGAUCGGAGGGGAAGGAAGCGGCGCUCAGACUCCCACUACAUUCCCCAACGAGUGCGAGUUGCGGCGGCACGAGUGCCAGAGAAAACAAGUAAUGCGUAUACUGCACGCCGGACCGUGCCCUCCGCCCCCAACCAAGGGCAGGCGCAAGAAGUUGCGCCGCAACAAGGGAAAGCGGCCAGCAUCCGCAGCAGGAAGCACAGGUCGUCCCAAGGUUUAUGUGAUGCUAGCGCAGUCCCAGCCAUCGCCAAGGACAGGCACGACGACUACGACGCCUACGACAACAAUGUCGACGAUGACGCCAAUCACCAGCAGCACGGCUCCACUGCGGUUCCGUCAGGUGAUGAACUCCGGCAAUCCGAUGGUAUCCGUAUCGCGGGCCAUGGACGCCUACAGUGUCUAUAAUAUAGAUGAUGUGGGCCACGACUAUGGCGAAAUCACCGACUCUACGCUCUCGCUUUUUGUGCCCGGCGUGGGCCGUGUGACUGAUGCAUAUCCCACUACCUCAACGACGACCAUAACACCAAAGGCAGCAACGUUGACGCCCACCCCAAUCAUCAGCACCAAGGCUUCCCCAACCGUCGGAACCAAGAGCACCAGCAGCACCACCUCCACAGAAAUGCCAGGAAUCACCACCGAAAGCUCGAAGCACAGAAGACCAGAAGCAACGUCAGAAGCUUCCGAUAACCUGAGUUAUUACUCAACCACCAAUUCAUCUUCAACGGAUAGAACAGAGCCAAUUUGAGAGAGAUAAAGAACCUGAUGAACUUUACAAUUAAUAUUUAUGGGUCCAGAAGAAAAUAUUUAAGAUAUUUAACGGUUGGUUAAAGUCAAAUCAAAGUCUCGAUUUAAGCAUUUGGCAUCGUAAGCGAAAAAAGCUGGACAACCUGCUGGAGAUUGGUUGGGAAAGGCUGUAAGUACACCAGCAAAUUGUGAGCAAUCAAGACCAAACACACUUCGAAGCG